GCUGGGCAGGAAAGCCACAGCUUAUGAAGAGAUGUCGAGCCUGGUCAACUAUGUCCAGCCAGUGAAAAAUUUGACUCAUUUGAAGUUUCUGCACAAAAGAAUCAAAGUUAUGUGAUUUCAUCAUUUGUGGAGACCAAAUCUUAUGAUCUGCUGACCAAGUUCCCAGUGCAAUUUGUUGAAUACAACAAAAGACAGAUGAGUCGUAUUUAUCCAAAAGGGACCAGAAUGGAUUCAUCUAAUUAUAUGCCACAAAUGUUUUGGAAUGUGGGUUGCCAAAUGGUGGCCCUGAACUUUCAAACUAUGGAUUUAGCUAUGCAGCAAAACAUGGCAGUCUUUGAGUUCAAUGGCGGUGGUGGAUACCUCCUGAAACAUGAAUUCAUGAGACGAGCAGACAAGCAAUUUGACCCAUUCACAGUUGAUCGGAUUGAUGUGGUUGUAGCCAACACUCUCUCAAUUACAGUAAUCUCAGGGCAGUUCCUCAGUGACAAAUGCGUG